CCCUAUUCCUCUCUCAUUUCUUUCUUUUGUUAUCUUUUGCGUCGUCUAGAUAAGUUUCAAUGUGCUUCAUGUGAGUUUCUGGGCAGUUUUGACCUUUUCCUGCACUUUCUCUGUCAUUUUCGAUCAAUCGUAGAACCUUCUCAAUCGAUCGAACUCUGCAGACUCCAAUUUUACCUAGAAAUCACCUCUCAGUAUCCAUCCUUCGUGAGUAAUCCUGAUCAAUCGAAGUGGCUUGGCGAUCGAUCGAAUUUGUGUAUCAAAAAUUUCAAUCUUCCAUAGUAUCGUUUGUCAGCUUGUCAAUCGAUCACCAAACUUAGCGAUUGAAUGAAAUUGGACUUUUCAUCUUCCUAUCAUCAUUCAUGAUUAUUUACGAUCAAUCGCCAAAGUCAUCGAUUGAUCGUAUUGGAGCCAAAAUUCCUUUUUGAAAAAAUCAAUUUUGAUUCAAGAUGGAUCGUGUUCAAAUUUCAAAAAUCGUGCUUUGGCCGUUCGCUUCCUUAACCCUAAUUUUUUUAUAAUUCUUUCUCUCUCCUCAUUUUCUUCACUUUUUUCUUUUCUUUUCCUCCUCUGCUUUCUCUCUCUACCCCUUCAAUUUCUCCCUUUCUUCUCCAUCUCUAUGUUUCAUUCCCCUCACACCCGAAGCCACCAUCCAUUCUUAAUCUCUCAAGCUCUUAUCACCAUCCCACCACAAGCCACAACCACCAAGCCCGAACCUCCUCUUGUCGUCUCUAUCUGUUCCGGUGAGCAUCAAGCCUCACGCUGCUGCACUUCGCCGUGUCUUCCAUAGUUUCCGGCAGAGAGCUCUUGGCCAAGGGCCGAGCUCUCCUUUUCUCUUAUCUCGGUUUGCAUCUCCAUGUUCUCUCUGUCUUGUCUAUUUUUGGCCGAUUUAGGCCAAGGAGAUUCGGUUCUUCACCACCAGCGAAUAUUCCGACAAUUUACCAUCUUCUCCGGCCACGGUUUGCCAGAAUUUCCAGAGUCUUCCAAUCUCUCUCUCGGUUGCCUCUUCUCUCUCUUACAGAUGCAGUGGACAAAGACAACUGCUGAAAAGAGAGUUACCGGGCCUCGACAAUCACCUUAUUCUCCACGGGAGGAGUUUUCUUUUUCUUUUGAGGCCAAGGCUACUGUAUCAUCUUUUACUUCUUCUUCUGGGCAAUCAUCUAUGGACGCACAAGGCCCCAUUGACAGAGUAGUGGCUGGUCUUUAUUUUUCUGGGAGAGAGCUAGAGCUUGAGCACACAUUUGACACAGAUUUUUUUGCCCAGUCAGAGUAGACUAAGUAGGCUUUUGAUGAGAUGAAGUGCCGAGGAUUUUCUAGUAUUAUGACACCGCCUAGCGACAUGGUUUAUCCUCGGUUGGUUGCAUUAUUCUACCAGCACCUUCGACGGGAUGAGGAGGACUCGCAGAUCUUUCAUACUACUGUAGAUGGGUAGGACAUUGUCAUUUCUACUGUCGCUAUAGAGAUAGCCACCAGAUGCCCCUACCUGUCUGUAGUGGUCACAGAGACUGAGCAACCCUUAUAUCCAAUUAUUACAGACUAUCAUUUAGAGCCGGAUAUGGUUGCUUCUCUCUCUCCUCAUAUUACUUACUCAGGCAACCCUCAUGCUGAGCGGGUGGACAUUCCACCCAGAUUAUGGUUCAUUGACACAGUGGGCUUAAUACUAAGAGGCGGGAGGGAAUUCUGAACGCUUUGUACAGUUUUAAUCAGGGAUGCUGGGUUUCGAUUCCUGCUAUUAUCUAGGAGAUUAUCCAUAAGUAUUGGGAUAAUACGGUGUUCAGACGGAAUGACAGCGAAUUCCUGGUCUCUACCCUUUGGCCACUUGAUCACACAGAUUCUAGAGAACCAGGGCUUUCAUAUUGACCCAGAUGAGGAGGCAGAGCCGGCAGAAGAGAGAGAAAAAAGGAAGUACGGUGCAACCUAGUAGAGGAAGACUUGUAAUGCUAUUCAAGGUAGUUUGAAAAGGGCUGCAUUAAAGAGGCUUCAGACUGCAGAUUCAUAAGAGGGAUCUCGGGAAGGAUCAUCUACCUCUUCCAGCCUAGGUCUAGACAGCGCACCACUUCCACCGCUUUUCAACAUCCCACAGCAUCACAGUCCCAGACAGGCACUUCUUCAACUCCACCUCCACCUCCAGCAGCUCCUUCAAGCCCCAUUUCUCAGCAUGCCAGCUCUGAGUCCAGCCUUCGAGGCGAUAUUACUCAGCUUCAGUUUGAGCUCAGAUCAUUCGAUGCCCGGAUGACAUAGAGAGCUGCUGAUAUUGAGAGAGGCAUCACUGAUUCAAGGAGAGAUGUUGCACAGCUCGGGACCGAGGUAGUUCAGCUCAAGACUGAUGUAGCCUAGCUCCGAACUGAGAUGACCAGCUUCUGCGCCAAGGUUACUGACAUGUUUCAGCAUAUCACUGAUUUGCUCAAGCCAGAUGUGAUUCCAUGACUGCACUUUCUCUCUCUUACUCGUUACAUACUCCUGACAUUAUUUUGAUACUGUUUUGAUACAUUGCUAUUUUGGGGAUAUUUUUACUAUUUUUCUAUAUUAUGCUUGCAUUUCUGGAUCUUUAUUUUGGA